UUGUUUUUUAUAUUCAGCAUCAGCCUAUUAUGUGGGCUUGCCAUUUCGAAUAGAACAAUAGGCUACAACCACGCUGUCGAUUGGUGGUCAGUAGGCGUUUUAAUUUUUGAAAUGGCAGCAGGCUAUCCGCCUUUCUACUCAGAGCAGCCAAUCGAGAUCUACGAAAAAAUAGUUGCUGGAAAGUCUAACAUGAAACUGAAGGAUACAACUUCCUCGAUCUGUAGUGCAUAUGAAUAA